AUGGCACCAAAGAAUCUCUUGUCCAAUUAUCAACAAUUAAAACAAGCCAUCGAAGAUGAAGAUGAAGAUUUAAUUCAUUCUACAUUGGAAAAGUAUACAAAUGAAAUUUCUUCCAUUUUAGUACAAUUAGCUUAUGUUAAAUAUUUAAAUGGACAAGUUGAUGUUUCUAAAAAAUUAUUUGAACAAGUUUUUACACAAUCUAAAGAUACAGUUGCAGGUGCAGUUGCUGCUAAUAAUCUUGUUGCUAUUUUAGAUGUAACUACUAAUAAUAGUAAUUCUAAUAAUGGUAAUACAACACAUUUUGAUUUGGAAGCUCAAAAGAAAUUAAAACAUGCUUAUCAAGAUAAAUUACAAGGUAAAUUAACAACUGAACAAAUUAGAGGUGUUACUUUAAAUAAUUGUUUAUUACAAUUACAUUUAGGUAAAUUUGAUGAAUGUGAAAAAAUUAUUCAAAAUGAAUUAUUUAAUUUAUUUAAAUUAGUACUUGUACAAUUAUAUUUACAACAAGGUAAAUAUAAAGAAUGUAUUGAAUUAUUAAAAGAAUCUAAAUUAAUUAAUGAAAAAUCAAUUCAAAGUUUAAUUAUUGCACUUUAUAUGAAAAUUGAUGAUAUGAAUUCUGCAUUGGAAAUGUUACAACAAGUCAUUAAAAAAUUAUCAUCUUCAUCUAAAAAGGAAGAUUUAAUUGAAAUGGCAAAUGAAUUAGCUAAAUUACAAUUACAAUUUAAAAAAUAUGAACAAGCUGCAUCUACUUUUGAAAUGUUAAUUAAAUUAGAUUCUAAAAAUGUUUCACUUCACACUGCUGGUUUAAUUGAAGCCAUAUUUACAAUCUUCACAUCUUCUACAUCCAUUAAGAAGAAUAUUGAUGAAAUUGAAAAGACUUCAUCAAUUAUUUCAAAUAUUACUUCUUCAUCUAAUAUUACUUCUUCUUCUAAUACUUCUACACUUUCUAUUAGUAAAAUUGAUAUUCAAUCUAUUAAUUCAUCAUCAUCAUCUAACAAGACAUCAUCAUCAACAACAAUGGGUGGUGGUAAUAGACAAGCUGAUGCAUUGAAUAGAGAAGAAAAGAAGAAACAAAGAAAGAAGAGAAGAAACAAACUUCCAAUUCAUAGUAUGUUAAAUGAACAAAGUGAAACAUUUAAAUCAAGAUGGGAAACAAAGAAGAAACAUUCAGGUAAUUUGAUGGGAUUUGGACAUCAAGGUUCAUCAGAUGUUGAAGCUCAAAAAUCAGUUCUUCACAAAAAGGGACAAAAAACCUUAUUAACUCCUGAACAAGUACGUGGUGUUGGAAGUGGAAGUGGUGUUAGUGGUGCUGCUGCUGCUCUUGCUGCAAAGAAGAAGAAGAAGAAGUAA